AUGAUGCUGCUGCAUGACCUGCCCUGCUCCUAUAGACAAAUUGAGGGACCUUGCAUCCUAUCAAGAACCUUUGAGUCCAAUGAGAUACUAACUCCACUUCAAAUUCCUUCUCGUCCAACUGUCUCACAAGACAGAUAUAAAGAAUUCAGGGAAUCCUUUCACAGCUGCAAGCUUCCCUGGGAAGUAGAAAAGGAGCAUGGAGCAGUUGCACUACCUGUAUUGCCAGAAGACCACAGGGCAAAGGACAAGUCUCCAUGUACAUUUAUUAGAAGAUACCAACGUUAUGGUAGUGGUGUAGACCCUUGGCCAAGAGGCCUUCCCCCCAAGCAGUACCAUGAUGUCACCCAGCUGAAAAAAAGUGAUACAAUCAAUGAUGAACUGCUUCAUAAACCAUCAAACAGUUUGGCUAAACCACUGUGCCUGCCAUUCCCCAUCUGUCAUCCCUACCAGACACACAUCUCUAGGUACGCCAUGUUCCCAAACUUCAGAUCACCUGAGGAUCGAGACACUGGGACUGAUGCAAGCAGUCAUCAGCCUUUUCAUCCCAAUAUCCCCACCAAGCCUUUUGAUGUGGUUGUUCUGGGAAAGACCAGAGGUAAUCCGUAUAGGCAUGAAGUUGUCAGUAUACCCUCUGACUCCCAGAAGAAGGCUGUGCACUGGCCAGGACAGCACACAUACUUCCAACUUCCUAAGAUUGCUGAAGAAAAGGGUCAAAUAUACUAUCCGAAUCCACCAAAAACAGUGGCCCCUAACUCCACUUUUGAAGGGCUAGAACAUAGUCUCUCUCGAAGAACAACCAAUAUGCUACGGAACACGGAAAGGACUCUGGGGAUCACAACAUAUAAUCGGGAGUUCACAGGAAGAGGUCCUAUGAAUCCCCUUAUCCUGGAUAACCAUUACCUGAAAACCAUUGGCAGAUUAACUGGAGAACUAGGUGAAGAUCUGGAACUAAAAGAAACCUUUCUGCCUAGUCUCUCACAAGUGAGACCUCUGGAAGGGCGCACUGCACGCUUACUUCAAGGUCGACGUCCCCGUCAAUCAAUCCUGCAAGAAGAGCACUCCUCCUGUGUUCAGAUGUCUCUGCCUUCAGGCAGAGUUCCUACUGUUGUAGCCAACUACUCGGACACAAUGCUGAGUCAAGUAAAUACUGCUGCCAGUCUCGGCCAGCAGCCGGGCUUACCACUGGAUGCAAAGAUUGAGGAAAGCAGAAUGUUGUUGCACAAGGUUCAGCACCAAGAAACAUGUUGGUCUGUAUGUAGACCAGAGGAUGGGACAAGAGAGACAGCACUGCCUGAAUGGAUCCCUAGCUGUGAGGUUCCUCGGUGCCAGACAGACCUGCUGGAGCUGCAGUGUUCCUUCUCUAAGACAGCAGCACAAAAACGUUUUCAUACCAUAAGAGGAGAGACAAAAGACCUCAGAGAUAACAAUACCAAGGGAAUGAGACACAAAUUCUACGGUUUCAAUGCUUUUUAUUUCUUUAACUGA